AUGGCGCCGGGUGAGGGAGGCUACCGCCAAAUCAACAAGGCUCUUAACAUAUGUGCCUUUGAAGAAUACCUGGAAAGCCAGCAGAAGACCCUGCCCACAUUGCCUGAUGUCGAGCAGUUCACACUGCAGGGAACAAACACAUUCAUCGUCGGGACGGGUUCCGAACGCAUCCUCGUUGAUACAGGUCAGGGCAUUCCAGAUUGGGCAGAUCUCAUCCAUGACACUCUCGCCCGCCACGGAAUUUCACUCUCCCAUGUGCUUCUCACUCACUGGCAUGGAGACCACACGGGUGGUGUCCCCGAUCUGAUUCGCAUGUAUCCGCAUCUCGCUUCGGCAAUCUACAAGCACACACCGAGCAAAACACAACAGCCGAUCGUGGACGGCCAACUCUUUGUGGUUGAAGGCGCCACCGUGCGUGCAUUGCAUACUCCCGGCCACUCCAGCGACCACAUGUGUUUCAUUCUCGAGGAAGAACAGGCCAUGUUUACAGGGGAUAACAUACUUGGACACGGGACAUCAGCCGUGGAGCAUCUCAGCACUUGGAUGGACACACUAUACAAGAUGCAGUCCGAGGACUGCGUCAAAGGCUAUCCUGCUCAUGGAAUUGUCAUUAGCGACUUGCGGAUUAAGAUCAAGGGCGAGCUGGCUCAAAAGCUGCAGCGCGAACGACAGGUCUUGAAAGCCCUCGUUCGGGCCAAACAUGAAGAGAGGGCCCGCCAAGGACGAAGCAACGGCAGCGUGACGGUCAAGCAGCUUGUGACCACCAUGUAUGGGAAUGGGGUGGGGGCAGGGGUAAGGGAGUUGGCGCUGGAACCAUUCAUAGAUGAGGUCCUACGGAAACUGGCUGAGGACGGCGCCGUCGCGUUUGAGAUUCGGGCGGGAGUGAGAAAGUGGUUUGCCCUUGAGACCGUCUGA